AUGGUGAUGGAUGCGACCACCGGUGAUGCUCCGACCAUGGUGGUGAAGAUGGUGAUGAUCGGUGGCCUCCGGCGUUGGCUCUGGCACUCCACGGACACCUCUCUCUUCUUCUCCACCUUCUUCCUCUCACGAUCUCUUCUUCCUUCUCUCUCCUUCUCUCUCAAUUUCCCCUCUGGUUUUCUUUCUCUCUCUCCUCACGACUCCUCUCCUUCCUCUUCUCUCACUUUUCUCCUUUUCCUUCGAUCCCUCCUCUCUCUCGGCGGCUCCUCAUGUCACGAGUAG